AUGGGAUUUUUACAAUCAUUGCUGACUCUCGCCAAACUCGGCAUUGUUUCAGCCUUUGUCUCAUGUUUUGUGAUUGUUCAUAUUUAUUUCUUUUUGGAGAGAUCUCCACCUGCUAAUACCAAACAUUUGGAUGAAAUGAGUUUGAAUCCCGAUGAGGAUUUACGGUUAUUCUCAAUUCUUGAUGAAAGUACAAUUCCAAAGACGAUUGUUAUUUCGGGAAAAGGUAGUAAAAAGAGUGUACAGCCUAGGGUCCUGCGGACCAUAGCGGUGGAUGAAAUUGGAACGAUUAAUUCAACCACUCGUGUGAGUGAUGAUGACAAGAAUAUUUAUACCAUUUUUCAAAUUCAUGGCGUGCCAGGAUCUCGUCGUUGGAGACAUCCCAUCGAUCAUCAUAUGAUACGAAGUUUUGGAGGAGACAAGAAAUUACGAGUAUUAAGCAUCGAUCGACCUGGGGUGGGUCAAACAAGUCCUGUCAUCUCCUCUAUUUAUUCCGAUGGAACACCAGUAUAUAAUUUAGAGCCUCUUGCUGUCAAUUAUUAUGAAGCAUCAGCUCUGGAUUUAUUGUAUGUGGUGAGAAAAUUAAGAUUGAAAAGUUUUUCUGUGAUUGCAUUCUCUCAAGGAACACCACAUACUUACAUGUUGGCCUUUUAUUUAGACCAAUUAAAAAGACAAGAAAGAGGAGAGAAAAUAUUUCGAGCAACACCUCAUCAAAAAUUCACAGAAACAUUCAACAAUGAUUUAUUGAUGAACAUUCUCCUUUCUAAAGAUAGUGACAAAUAUUGGCAAUACGAUAACAGCGUGUCCAAUACGACUGUGAAUAAGGAAUGGACGUGGCAAGAUGUGGCUAUUGACAAUGUUGCAUUCCUUGCACCACAAGGCUACUACAGUGAGAGUGUUAAAGAAGAACUAUUGAAAGAACAAAAUUCAAGCGAGCCUAUCGAGAAGAGAUGGGCUUCUUCAUUGCAUUUCUUUUUUUCAAUGCACAAUUACAAACCACCUCUUGGAACCAAUAUUUUGUAUUCUAUUUACAAAAUUCUUUCACAGAUAGGAAUGGUUACCAAUAUCAAUUAUUGGGAAAGUAACAUGCAACCACUUCUUGAUCCUCUUGGAAGAGAUGCCUUUUUGUUUGACGACGAAGCCAAUGGAUGGAAAAAAGUAUUUAACAAUUCUCUCAUUGAUUCCUAUAGAUUCACAACACUGACCACCAUGGUAGAAAUUAUUAAUUCAUAUUAUUUCACUGAGAAUUUUCCAUCUGCCAACGUUGAUUUACGCACUCCACUCAAGAACACAAAAAUAUUUAUUGCCACUGCAAGUGAUGACGUGGUUGUGCCUAUUCAAGCUUCAAAUGCAUUCAUUGAGCAAUUUUGCAGAAAUGAAUUGAAUUCUCAAUGUACUGUUAAUGCUGUGCAAAACACUACACAUUUUCAACUUUUCAAAACGCAGUACAAGACAGCCAUUGAAUUCAUUUCCAAAGAUGUUUUAACGGUAGACAACAGCACGACGUUGAGAAAGCCAAGAAAAACAAUUGUCGUCAUUGGAGGUGGAUUGGCAGGAUUGGCAGCGACUAUUGAAGCAGCCGCAACCUACGAUCAAAAUGUCAUUUUAAUUGAAAAGGAAUUGAGACUUGGAGGAAACAGCGCCAAAGCUACUAGUGGAAUGAACGCACUUGGAACAAAAGCUCAAAAACAGGCCAUGGUCUUUGAUACGUAUACUCACUUUUGGAAUGAUACCAUUAAAUCGUUCACGGGAGGAAAGGUUCUUUCUUCACUAAAGGAGGCCAGAAGAAUUAUUAGAAAUCCAAAGAAUCGAAAAAAGAUUGAAGGAGAAGACAUUCUAAUUACUGAAAAUUCAUGGAGAAUUUUAGAAACUUUAAUUAAGGAUUCAAAAGCUGCCUAUCAAUUUUUGCAGCAAUAUGGCAUUCCUUUGGAUAUCAUUUCUCAAUGUGGAGGCCAUUCAAAGCCAAGAACUCACAGAAGUUUGAACAAGUCUGACAAGCCCAUCAAUGUUGGAAGUGAAAUUAUUUCCAAACUUGCUGCGUUUAUUACAGAUUCAUUGAAAGAGCGUGUGACGGUCAAAUUAGGUCAUAACGCCAUUGAAUUACUCAAAUUCAACAAUGACAACGAUCACAACAACACUGCAAAUAGUGAAUCUUCAAUCACAGUUGUGAAGGGAGUUCGCGUGUUAAACAUUAAGGAAAACACCACACAAGACAUUAUGGCAGAUGCUGUUAUUUUAACAACAGGUGGCUAUGGACAAGAUCGUGAAGGUUUUCUCAAGCAAUAUGCUCCUCAUACUUCAUCAUUGCCCUCCACGAAUGGCAUGUGGGCAAAUGGUGACGGAAUCAAAAUGGCCGUUCGAGAUGUGAAUGCCUCCCUAAUUGAUAUGGCAGAAAUUCAAAUUCAUCCAACUGCAUUCCUAGAUCCUAACGAUCCAUCAGCAAUGACACUCAUUCUUGCACCUGAAUCGUUGAGAGGUUAUGGAGCUAUUAUCGUCAAUCAAGAAGGAAAGAGAUUUAUCAAUGAAUUGGGAACAAGAGAUGAGGUAUCAGAUUCCAUCUUUGAACAUUGUGGAAAAGAGGCGCCAUAUCCACAUGUGACGGCAUACAUGGUCAUGAAUGAUUUUGUCAUGACUUCUUUCGGUGAAAGUUUGACUUCUUUUUAUGUGAAAAAAGGUCUCAUUCGAAAGUAUGAAAAUUUCACAGAUUUAUGUGAAAAGGAAAAUAUUUCUCUGAAUUUUUGUGAAAAUCUUGAAGAGACUAUUUUGGAUUAUGACGACUUUGUAGAUUCACGAAGAUCGAAUGUGAAUUUUAAGGAUACUUUUGGAAAGAGUGUCUUCCCAUCGAAAUUCAACUUGGAAGAAAAGAAGAACGCUCCAAUUUAUAUGGCUCGAAUUACACCUGCCAUUCACUACACUCAAGGAGGUCUCUUGUUUAAUUCUCAUGCACAAGUACUUCGAAGAAAAACACAGGAAAUCAAUGAAGUCAUUGGCAAUCUCUAUGCAGCAGGAGAAGUGACUGGAGGUUGUCACGGAAAGAAUCGACUUGCAGGUAACAGCUUGCUGGAAUGUGUGGUAUUUGGAAGAAUUGCUGCAACUCAAGCUGCCUUCGAAAGGAAUUAA